UCGAGGAAAAUAAGGGUAAAUAGGGGCAUGAACGAAAAACUAAAACAACGUCUCCAGAAAGACUUGUUUUUUAAAACGACACCAUUAUUUGAUGUGAAUAAUAUAUAUUUAUCGCUCCAUCGUGUUUUGAAGCAAAAUGGUACAUGUUUAAGAAAGUCGAGAAAAAUAAGGAUAAAUAGGGGCAAGAACAAAAAAUGUAAGCAACGUCUCCGUAACGACUUGUUUUCGAACACAGCACCAUUAUUUGAUGUGGAUAACAUAUAUUUACCGCCCCAUCGUGUAUUAAAGCAAACUGGUACACGUUUAAGAAAGUCGAGGAAAAUAAGGGUAAAUAGGGGCAAUUGCGAAAAAUGUAAGCAACGUCUCUGGAAAGACUUUUUUUCGAACACGGCACCUUUAUUUGAUGUGGAUAACAUAUAUUUAUCGCCCCAUCGUGUUUUGAAGCAAAAUGGUACAGGUUUAAGGAAGUCGGGGAAAAUAAGGGUAAAUAGGGGCAAGUACGAAAAAUGUAAGCAACGUCUCCGGAAAGACAUGUUUUCGAACACGGCACCA